CAGCUUAUGUGGAUAAGGGGAUAAGGUCCAAAACACCACUCAUCCAAUGGAAAAUGUGCAAGUUCAACCCAUCUGACUUGACAACCACAAGUUUUCCUGUGAGCAAAGAUGCUUCCUUUUCCUAGCCCUAAAAUCUUGCAUUCUCUAUCCACCCCCAAACUUCUUAUGUACCACAUUUUAUUCUAGUUCUUUGAGGAGUGUUUCUAAGAAAAGGGCAAAAUGGCAGCCACCGCUUCCACCAUGGCCAGUGCUCAGCAGCUCAGAACCAGCUUUGCUGCAUCCAUAACUAGGGGACAAGUAGUCCCCAGGGGCAUCUCUGGAUCGCCAUUGAAAGUUUUCCCCUCCAGGAGGAAGUCUUCCUUCACCAUCAAAGCAAUCCAGGCAGAUAAGCCCACCUACCAAGUUGUCCAGCCCAUCAAUGGUGACCCAUUCAUCGGAAGCCUCGAGACUCCGGUCACAUCGAGCCCGUUGAUUGCUUGGUAUCUCUCCAACCUCCCGGCCUACCGGACCGCCGUGAGCCCACUCCUCCGAGGGGUCGAGGUCGGCCUGGCCCACGGGUUCUUCCUCGUGGGCCCAUUCGUCAAAACCGGCCCACUGAGGAACACAGAAGUUGCAGGGGCAGCUGGGUCUCUAGCAGCUGCAGGCCUUGUUGUGAUCCUGAGCAUCUGCUUAACCAUAUAUGGGAUUGCUUCAUUCAAGGAAGGGGAGCCAUCGAUUGCACCUUCACUAACACUGACUGGGAGGAAGAAGGAGCCUGAUCAGCUGCAGACUGCUGAGGGGUGGGCCAAGUUCACUGGUGGGUUCUUCUUUGGUGGGAUUUCUGGUGUCAUUUGGGCCUAUUUCUUGCUCUAUGUCAUCAACCUUCCUUACUUUGUUAAGUAAUUAAACAAGUUUGGGUCUCUGUGUUUGUAGUGUUAAAUCCAUUUUGGGAUUGGAUUUCAAUGGGAAAAUGAAACUUGUAUAUUGUUGUGGGAGUAAUCACUUCAAGGAUGAUCAGUGAUGUAUGGAAUUUGUCAUUUGGGUGUGAA